GCACUUCGAGGUAGACAAGUAGAGCAGCAUGUCUCAUCGGUGGCAGCGACCCAAGGCCCUUCCGGUCGGGCAGACGACCUCGCUGUCCCUCGAGCAGCAGCAGAUCCUCGCCGCAGUACCUCGGUGGAAGAAGGCGUGGGUCCGCCCGUCGACGCUCAAGCCCGGCCAGAACCCCAACUACAAAGUGUACAAGUGGGUGCUCGACGCCGAGAUGGGCGAGUCCAAGGGCACCGAGGAGGAGAUGCAGGCGGCGCUGCAGGAGGUCGCCGCCGGCAACGUGCCCUUGCCGAGCGCAGGCGGGCCGGCCGCCGUCGACGCGAGCGGACCCGCCUCGCUCGCCCCGUCCGGCACCGCCACGCCUGCACCCGGCGCCGCGCCCGUUCACCCGCCACAGCAGGUGUCCGCCGCCGCUCUCCAGGCGAGCUCGAACCCGCUCGCGCAGGUGCAGCACGCCGACCCGGCAAAGCCGCCCGCCGGUCCUGCCCCGUCGGGCGCGGCGCCGAGCGUGCAGGAGGCGGUCAAGGGGCUCGGCGAGGUCAAGAUGGGCGCAGGGAUUGAUGCGGUCGAGGUCAAGCGGGAGGAACGGAGCUUGGUCAAGGAGGAUCAGGCGUGAGGAGGUCUCUCGAGCGGUCGUCGUUGCAGUCCCCUUGUUGUAUCUCGCUCGUUCUCUCACUUU